AAAGCAAUAAAUUUAAAGGGACGUUUUGUUUAGUUUCACUUUGUACAGAGUCACAGAGGGAUCACUUGUUGCUCCGUUUAUUUGCUAUUUUUCAGGAUAAGACAAUGGCGCUUGUUGGAAAGAUGCUGAAAUUUGAUUGGUCGAGUAUAUCUUACGAAGAAAUGACUAUGACUCUGAUGUCAAAGAUUGCAAAGCGUCAGAAGAACCCAGAAAUGAAAAGCAAUAUAAGUGAGCUUGUCACUGAAGAUGGCUGCAAAGUCUACCUGGUUGGCACAACUCACUUCAGUAAGCAAAGCAUCAAAGAUGUACAACAGAUUAUCCAGGAAGUGCAACCAGAUGCUGUGGUGUUGGAAGUUUGCCAAUAUAGAGAACAACUUUUAACACUAGAUGAACAGUCAUUAUUAAAUGGAAGCAAAGCAUUUGACACAUGCACAAUGCUGCAAUCAAUGAAGCAGUUUGGAUUGAUGCAGACAUUGUGGUCAAUGCUGUUUCUGAGAAUUUCAGCUUAUCUGAUUGAGGAGCUAGGCAUGGCCCCAGGUGGGGAAUUCAGGAAAGCUUUCAGAGAGGCUCAGAAAAUACCAUUUUGUGAGGUUUAUUUGGGGGACCAGUCAAUCUUCAUUACUUUCCGAAGACUUGCUGCUGUGCUUUCCUUCUGGGACCUGGUGAAGGCAUUUAUAGGCUUUGUUUACAUCAAAUACAAUACUGUUCCAGUUGGCAAAAUAAUUAUGAAGGAGCUGAAACAAAACGAUAGGCUGGAGGAAGAACUCCAAAUUACAAUGAAGGAGGUUCCUGGCUUGUAUCGUGUUUUUAUAACAGAACGGGAUGCCUAUUUAACACAAUCACUGAAGCAAGCAGCAAAGCCUAUAGUACUACCUAAAAUUUUACGAUCUGACGCUCAGAAGGUUAUACCAUCAGUUGUGGUCGGAGUGGUUGGAAUUGGCCAUGUGGCUGGAAUUAAGAAGAACUGGAACAAGCAAUGUAACACUCAGGAAUUUCUCCGGUUGCCAAAUCCUUCUCUGUCGACAAGGGCUUUGCAGGUGGCUUUUAUUGUUACCAUAUAUGGCCUGAAGAUGAUCUUUUAUUACAAAAUAGCACAAACAUUGCUUUGGUUAUUUUAUUAAACAUAGAUGAUUGAUUUAUUUUAACAAUGUUCACUGUAACUGUAUAACUUUGUGAACCAUAAGACCGAUGCUGACUUUUUGAUUGCAAAAUCCUUUGCUUUAAAGCAAAUUACUGAUUUAUCACUCUAGUUUAUAAUGUUGAAGUGGAAUAGGACUUUAUUCUGUUUCAUCAGAACCUAAUUUGUCACUGGGGCAGUGACUGGAAAACAAAAAGCAUGGAAAUAUAAAUUUCAUUUCUUUCCUACAACAUAGUACAUACUUUUCUAAGAAAAGUUCCACAAAUUUCAAUAUGACGCUGUACCAUGUGUUAGACAGGGAAAUUUAGUGAUGGACCAAUGUUAAAAUUAUUCAGUUAUUUAGCAGUAAGAAAUUUCAACUUCUAACCAUGCAUGAUGAGAAAUGUGGGUAGUUAGGUAGAGAAAUUGCUACUGUGACUUAUGAGUACUUGGAAAAAUCAAAAGAACUGCAAAUGCUGGAAAUCAGAAACAAAAACAGAAAUUGCUGGAAAAGCUCAUCAGGUAUGACAGCAUCUGUGGAGAGAAAUCAGAGUUAAUGUUUCAGGUCCAGUGACCCUUCCUCAGACGCUGAGCUUUUCUAGUGAUUUCUAUUCUUGUUUACAAUUCAUUUCCACUAUGGAAACAAGUGUUAUUCAAAUAUGAGAUGUAAGACUGUGAUUAUCUGCAAUUUUUAUUCCCAUGUGAUUCUGGGUUCUGUAAUAUGGUUUCUUCUCACUCUACUUUAUGCUGUAAUGCAUCCAUUUUUUAACAGCAUGUAAAAUUUUGCUGAUCCUAAAUUUAAUCAAAAUAAAUGUUUGAUUGUUUUGAAUUAUUUUAAUUAAUGUAAAUUCUUUGAUUAAGAAUUGAGUCACAACAUUAAAAAUAUUCUGGACAGAUUUGUGGCCUGAUGGCUGUAAAUCAUUCCUGAACUAUGAUGGAGAAUGAUUAUAUAUGUACAUUUCUUCCUUCUUGUGAAAUGCAGUUACUGAUCUUAGCUAAGUUGAGUGGGGUGUGAGACAGCAAUCUAAGGCACUCUGCAAGGAGGGAAUGGAAAGAAGAUAAAUCAUCAUUAUAUGGAUUGCACAUCCCUUUUUAUACAUGCCUAGAUGUUGAUUCAGAGUGGUGGAUAUAUUUGGAACUCUGACUAAUAUGGGUAUUAUAAUUUAGGCUACUACACAUUGUCAGCUACUCAUGCUAUUGUCCACCUUACUUUUCAAAUUCUGUCAUGAGAAGUGGGUACUGGUGGCAAGUCCUGCAUUUUCUGCCCAUUCCUAAUUGUCCUUAUGAAUGUGAUGGUGAGCUGCCUUCUUGAACUGCUGCAACCUACCAAGUGUAGGUACGCGCACAGUGCUGCUAGGAAGUGAGUUAAAGAAUCUGAUCCAAUGAAAGUAAAGGAUAGUGAGGCAUUUCUGAAGUGGGAGAUGGCACAGUGCAGGGUGACACGAGGCACACGGGCUCACAAGAUGGCCGCUGAGCCCUUAGUUGGCCAUUUGACACACAAGAUGGCCACCAGACCAUAAUGUGGAGAGAGAUAGCAGAGCAAACACAGAUGUUGCCUCGAGCCACCAGAAUGCCAGCACACUGCACUCACAACCUGAGAAUACACAUAAGUAGUGUAUACUGCCCGCUGAGAGGUCUGGAUCCAGCCAACACCUUUGAUAGAAAUGCUAACAGUUUGAUACGGACUCAAUACAAAGUGCUAA